AUGGUGAAACCGUGUUCCCAUGUUUCUUCCAACUGUUCUUUCUUCUGUUGUCUCUUUGUCUCCAGCUUCUUUGUCAACAGUUUUUUCUCUCUUCCAUUUCCCCGUUCGGAACAAAUCGAGUUCCUUCUGGCUUUUAAGAACGAGUUUCCAAUCCUCAAAUGCGACUUCAGAGACUCAAAACAAAAGACAAAUUCUUGGACCAGCAAGGACGUUGAGUCCUUCGAUGGGGUUUUCUUUGAUUACGAGACUGGUGCAGUGACGAAACUAGACCUACGUGCUGCAUGUCUCAGUGGCACUCUCAGUGCUAAUAGUAGCCUUUUCAGACUCCACCAACUCAGGUACCUUGAUCUCUCUUCCAACUCCUUUGACUCGUUCUCAUUCCUCCCCGAACUUGGCAAACUCACAGACUUAGAAGUCUUGCAUCUUUCUUAUAUGGGCUUAUCCGGUGAAAUUCCAUCGUCAUUCAGUAGCCUAAACCGUCUAACCGAAUUGGACCUUUCAAAUAACGAGUUUGUUGGCAGUUUUUCACCUCUACUCAAUCUAUCAAGGCUAUCUUAUUUAUAUCUUUCCAAUAAUCUAUUUUCUGGAUGCGUUCCUUGUUCUCUACUCACCACCAUGCCUUUCCUAUCAUAUCUUAAUUUAGGAGAAAACCAUUUCACGGACUCUGUUGAAACUCUGAAUUGCUCUUCUUCAUCAUCAUCUAAUCUUGAAACUUUAUACCUCAACUAUAACCAUCUCAGUGGUCGAAUCCUAGAGCCUCUCUCUAAAUUAACCAACCUCAAGAAACUAUACAUAUCUUAUCAAAACACAACCGACCCAAUCAACUUCGUCUCCUCGGGCUUCAAGUCUUUAGAGGAACUGGAUCUUUCCGGAAAUGCUAUAUCAAGGCUUAACAUCAGCUAUUCAAAUUUGAAGGUGCUUCUCUUGGAUAACUGUGGGAUUAACGAGUUUCCCAUAUUUAUUAAAAACCAACAGAAGCUGCAAAUUUUGUACAUGGAAAACAAUAGACUCAAAGGAGAAGUGCCUAAGUGGUUAUGGAGUAAGCCUUCUUUGUAUGCAUUGUUGCUGUCUGACAACUCCCUCGAUAGCUUUGAAGGCUCGCCAGUAAUGCUUCUCAACUCAUCGCUUAACGUGCUAGAUCUGAGGUCAAACGCUUUUCGAGGAUCUCUUCCUAUUAUUUCACAUGUUUUCAUGCUUGUAUCAAAUAAUAGUUUCACAGGAGACAUACCUCUUUCAUUGUGCGACGAAAGCUACCUAGAGAUCCUUGAUCUAUCUCACAACAACUUCAGCGGUUCGAUUCCCCGAUGCUUGAGUAAUUCAUCAAUAAAAUAUCUGGAUCUCCGACACAACAAUCUCACUGGGAGACUUCCUGACUUAUUCAACAACAGUGGCUCACUAAUAACACUUGACGUUAGCCAUAAUCAGAUAACUGGGAAGCUUCCAAGAUCUCUCACAAAUUGCACAAAUCUAGAGUAUCUAAACGUGGAGAGCAAUAGAAUCGCUGACACUUUUCCGUUUUGGAUGAAGGAUCUACCACGCCUACAAGUCAUUGUCCUACGAUCAAACAUGUUCCAUGGUCCUAUAAAUUCCCCACAACAACCUGUAUCAUUCAUGCAACUGCGGAUAGUCGAUAUAUCGCGAAACCAAUUCACCGGAAGCCUACCACAUGAUUACUUUGUCAAUUGGAGUACACCCUUGAUAAGUAUUCCCCCAAUGGAAAGAAAGCUAUUGUACGUGGGGGUUGAUUACUCAUCUACGUAUCACCCUUCCAUGUAUUUGAGAAACAAAGGAAUAAACAUGGAGCUGGAAAAGAUCCUUGAGGCCUACACAAUCAUUGAUUUAUCUGAAAACAAACUUGGAGGACAUAUUCCAGAAUCAAUAGGCCUUUUAAAGUCGCUUGUUGUGCUCAACCUAUCCAACAAUGACUUCACAGGUCAUAUUCCAUCCUCUUGGGCUAAUCUCACAAGGCUCGAGUCACUGGACCUAUCUCGGAACCAACUCACUGGAAAGAUCCCGCAGGAGCUAGCAACCCUCUCGUUCUUGGAGUACAUUGACGUUUCACAUAACAACCUCACGGGCCAAAUACCACAGGGCACACAGUUUGGAGGACAGCCCAAAUCAUCUUUUGAAGGGAAUCUCAAUCUUUGUGGUCGUCCUCUUGACCAUAGUUGCUUCAGGGACAAGGCACCAGAGGCGCAAGAGUCAGAACCUUCAAAGCAAGAACAAGUGUUGAACUGGAAAGCUGCGGCAAUGGGAUAUGGCCCUGGAGUCUUGUUUGGACUGGCGGUUGGACAAGUCAUUUAUUCGUACAAACCGGUGUUGUUCUACAAGUUGUUUCGUCUUUGA